AAUCCAGCAAAUGACAUGACAAAUACUGUACAACAAAGUAACGCUACGGAAAGCCCCAUAGACCAGUCCAAUUGGCCGUCGCACGCACGCCGACAUCGUACAGAAGCGGAUAUAGAAAGUGGUGGUCAAAAGAAGAAGGGGCGAGGUGUCCUCAAAGGAAUCAAGGUCGCCAAGAAGCGAUUCGCCAAUGGUUCUUCAAAGCUGCACAUUGAAUUUUCCAAAACAUUGGGAGGUUCUAUCGGAGAGAACUAUCGUUUGUUUGUGGAUGACGUGGUGGUUUACAUGAAAAGGAAGGCACCACUCAUUGGUGUGAACAAGUGGUCUGCCAUUGAUUCUUCUCUGAAGGAUUCAAUCGUUGCUGAUGUCAUUGCUAAGUGGGAUUUGGAGGACACAUAUUCUACGAAGGGAAAAAUACUAACAAUUGCUAGAGAGCGCUAUAGAGGAUGGCGGUCAACUUUGCAUUCAACAUACAAAGCAUACAGUACUGAUGCUCAAAGAAGGGCCAAUAAACCCGAGGAUGUAACUCCAGAGGAGUGGGAUUAUAUGAUCAAUUAUUUUGGCACUGAUUUAAAAUUCCAGGAGCUUAGCCGAAAAAAUACGGAAAAUCGCCAGAAGCAAAAGGCGAGGCAUAUAGCUGGUUCAAAAUCGUACUCGCAGAUUAGCUAUGAGAAGAGGGACGAGGAGACCGGGAAGGAACCAACUAUUCUUCAACUUUGGCAGAUCACUCAUACACGAAAUGGAUCGUGGUCUAAUGAAGAAUCACAGACUGUUUAUGACAAUGCACGCAUCCAGAUUAGGGAGAAAGAAGGAGAGAUUGGUGGUCCAAUUUCAAGUGAAGAGCAAAACAAUAUUUUCCAGAAUAGCUACAGAUGUACUAUGGAAAGUACAUCAUUGAAGCCUCGUGGCCGAGGAUACAUGGCUAAGCCGCCUAGCAGUUCUGAAAGACUACAUUCUGAAAUCCAGAGGCAAAAUGCUGAGCUAACCCUCGAGGUUCAUGACUUAAGGAGGCAAAUUGUUGAACAACAGGCAGAGAGGCAAAGAGAACGAGAAGAAGAGCGAGUUGCCAGGGAAAAACAGCUUGAGGAGGAACGUGUAGCAAGGCAGAGAGAACUUGAGGAGGCUAAGCAAGCAAUGAUGCAUGAUAUUAUGAAUGAGGUUAGGCAAUCAAUGAGGUCGGAUGUUGAGCAGAUAUUGGGAACUCGACAGGAAGAGACGCACAUCAGGUAA